AUGGAAAUAUCGGUGGCCACGCUGCUGAUGCUAGAGUUUGGGCUGGGCCUGCUGGGCAACACCGUCGCCCUGUGGACCUUCUUCUUCCGCCUGAAGGUGUGGAAGCCGUACGCGGUCUACCUGUUUAACCUGGUCAUCGCUGACCUCCUGCUGACCCUCUGCCUGCCCUUCCAAAUUGCCUUCUACCUGCGACACAAGACGUGGAGCUUGGGCCGCGGGUCCUGCCAAGCCCUGCUCUUCCUGCUGUCCCUCAGCCGUGGGGUGGGGGUCGCCUUCCUCACGGCUGUGGCCUUGGAUCGCUACUUCCGAGUGGUCCACCCCCGGCUCAAGGUCAACGUCCUCUCGCCUCGGUGGGCCCGGGCAGUCUCUGUCUGUGUCUGGCUUCUGAUGAUGGCUGUCACUCACCAGAGCUUGUUUGGCAGCGAGGCUUCCGGGAACUCCACGGAAUGCCGCAGCUCCCAGCCCGGGGAGGACUUCUCCUGGGGUGCCAUUUGGCAGGAGGUCCUCUUUUUCCUGCAGUUUUCUCUCCCCUUUGGCCUCAUCCUGUUUUGCAACGUUGGGCUCAUCAGAACGCUCCAGAACAGGAUCCGAGACCCAGAGAAGCAGCCAAAGCUGCGGAGAGCCAAGGCCUUGGUCACCUUGGUGGUGGUCCUCUUCGCGCUGUGCUUCUUGCCCAGCUGUCUGGCCAGGAUCCUGACGGACGCCUUCCGGAGGUCAGGCAGCUGCCGGAUGCUGUGGGUGGUGGAGCACACCUCGGACGUAGCCAGCAGCCUCAGCUACCUGAACAGCGUCCUCAACCCCUUGGUCUACUGCUUCUCCAACCCCACCUUCCACUACUCCUACAGGAAGGCCCUCAACACUCUGCGGGGCCGCCGAGGAGCAGAGCCCCAGGGGUGUGAGCUCAGGGACUCGUACACCUGA